AUGUCUGGAGGCCGGCCACUCAACCUGUACAAUGUAUACUUACGCAUCAAAGACCGCUACUGGGCUGCUCGCCAGCCCGGCUCUCCUCCAAAUGCGCACGCCCGACCGACUCACCCGACCGGAUGGCGCCCGAUCCCCCUACGUCCCACCUACCUCACCCUCAUCGCGUGUCUUAUGUUAUUCCUGUUGAUAAUCCUCGAAGCCUUGAGUCAGUAUAGCGAACGGACCGGCGGACUUCGCUUUUUCGAGGAUACCGACGAUCUCACCAACUUCGAAUCGUUUGCCUACAACUACAUCCCCGUUAUCGUCGCUCUCGUGCUUGCUACACUAUGGUCCUUUAUCGAUUUCGAUGUACUGCGUUUGGAGCCGUACUUCCAGAUGGCUCGGCCGGAAGGCUGUCCGGCCACCGUCCUGUUCAUCAACUACAACUUCGGACAGAGCUUCAUCACACCGAUAGCGUCUGCGAAACGGCGGCAUUGGCUGGUACUUUCGGUUUCGCUGGUUACGCUCCUUAUUCGCAUAUUUCAUCCGGCGUUGCAAAGUUCUCUCCUCGAAUUACGGGAAGUCACAACCAUCUCGGAUGAAAAGAUGAAAACGUGGUCCAAGUUGGUGGACUUAUCGACACAGGCUCGCUGGUUCGCGGCCCAGGAGAAUAGCGAAAGCAGCAACUUCGAAGCCUACUUUACCGACAGUACCGGCCUUCAACAGACCCGCUCGGGGCAGUUUGCCGUUGGACCGGUCCAGAUUCCCACGGAUGACCGGCGAGAGACAACCGUUUGGUCGCUCAAUCAGACAAUUUACUGGACCGAGCUGGACUGUCAGGAUUUGUUUACCAGCAACUUUUCUGUUAGCCACAACGAGACGGAGUCCUGGCUAUAUUGGGAUGUACAAAACGUACCGAUUACUGGCCUGGGCGAGAAAUGUACAUUGGAUUUUUCCUACGACAACGUGCUCUUUCCGAACGUCGAUUUCUUGCAGGUCCGAUAUUGGGAACCGACGUGGUCUGAUACACCGUUCACUGGCGCAGAAAGAGCCUUCGUACCCGACGGCUGUGAUUCGAUUGAUCUUUACGGUGUUCUACUAUCCGUCAAUUCCUCGUCUUUUGGUGAAAAUGCCAUUAGCAGUGUGGGCGACGAGCUGACAUCGUCGGCCACCAUGUUUGCUUGCAACAUCGAGUACUUCAAAGGCGAAGCGGAGAUCACCAUGCACGCAAACAGCUCGAUCACGAACGCUAAAAUCUUCAACGGGACCACGCAGGAACUCACGCAGGAAGAGUUCAACAUUGACUCGUUCCAGAGCUUCCUAGCACAUCGAGCCCUGUAUACCAGCGACAUGCUCUUCAUCACGACAAAUGAGACUACCGGAGAGCGAACGCUGACAGAAUUGCCCGUAAUCAGUCAGUAUGUCGGCGACACUGAACCCAUCCUAGUACUCGACUCGUCCAAGACCAUGAGCUCGGACGAAUUGACGGCCAAAGUUACAAGAGGGGUCAAGCAAACGUUUAUUCUUACAAUGAGUCGCUUGUUCAAUCCCGAUGUCUCGCCUACCACAACAGCUGCGCUUCGUUCGACAGGCCAGGUUUCGCUCGCGAUAGUCGCGGCCGUUGCCCGUUGCGCAGAGACUGUCUUAGGAAUUGGCACCAUUCUCACCCUCAUCCUGCUACGAUAUUACCACAAGCGGCCAAAUAUCCUCCAGAGCGAUCCGGGCUCCAUCGGCGCGAUGUGCAGUAUGUUGACUGAUGUGUUUGGAUUCAGUAAUGUUCUCGCCGACCCGCGUGCCGGCUUCCAUCAGUUCUCGACACGCCAACUUCGUCGUCUAUUCCGAGAUUGUAGGCUGCAAUGGUACCACAGCCCUCUCGGAAGCCGCCUCGAGAUUGUCACGCAUGAUGGCAACCCGGUACGCUUAGACGAACAAACGCGAGUACGGGCGGACCCUCGGCCUCAUUUCCUCGUCAUCCCAAUCUUUAUCCUUGAAUUUCUGCUCCUCGCCGCAGUCAUCGUUUUGAUGAGCCUUGUCAUCUCGACCUUCGCCAAGCAGGGCGGCUUCCAACAUCUCAAUCAGUCGAGCUCGAGUUUCCUCCAAGUGGUUUUGUCGUUCCUUCCGUCCGUUGUGGCCUCAGCGGUUGGCGCGCUCUGUACAUCAAUUCAUCGGAACUUGAGCGUUCUUGAACCCUGGGUUCACCUUCAACGUGGUAUGGCAAGUGUAAGCACGUCAUUGACCAUGAACUACUCAUGCCAGAAUCCGUGGACCGUCUUACCGAAAGCCGCCAAGAACCGGCAUGUCCUCCUGGGUCUGAUCUCAAUCGCCUGCAUCGCCAAUACCGUGCUCACCACAGUUGCAGGUGGGCUGUUCACGCAGCAGCUUACCGAAUCAGCUACGGGGACCGACACCCUCUACGCAAAUUACAGCCAUUCCGUGUUCCGCCAGAACGACUUUGCCGCCGACUUUACUGAGUAUGACUUGAUCCAAACAAGCAUCACCAGUGGGGUGCCGUUGCUUUCCUGGACUAGCUCAAACCACUCCUUUGCUCCCAUUGAAAUUCGCGACCCCGACCAGGACUCGACCUACAGCGCAACGACUUUGGGCGUCGGGGCAGAUCUUGACUGCCGAAUUCUGUCCAUUCCGGAUAAUCUGGUUUGGCGAGACGAUGGCCCGUACUGGACCUACCACCCGACCCGAGAGCCGGAGCGCGAGUGCUGGGUCAAAAUGACCCCGCCCCAUGAUCCAAACGAUAGAUAUGCCCUGUCGAUCAACUUCUUCUCGCCGAUCGCGAAGGAAGAGACGGACAUUUGCCAGACGUCGACGGUGCUUGUUGUGGGCCGAUGGAAUUACACCGCAGCGUCCGGUAUCACCAACAACAACACGGUUGCCCUGCACUGCGAACCGGACCUCUUGCUCCAGAACUUUUCAAUUGUAUUUGACCAUAAAGGUCAGAUCCUCGAACACUGGCAGGUCCCGGACAGCACGAUAACAUCCGGCAACAUGUACGACAACGCGACGAUCAGUCUGGGGCAGUUCAACAAGGUCUUUGCCGCCAUCCCACAGAGCUUCUACGGCGCGUCGAACGAUACAAGCUCAAACUACGUCUCGUCUUACGACUGGGCUGGUUUCCUGGUUGCUCUCCUGUACAAGCGAGACAUCACGCCCAUCACGCGCCUCGAUCCCGACCGGUUGAUGAACCUCUCGCAGACUGUAUAUCAAUGGGUCUACAGCACAUACUUUUCCCUCUGGAGGGAGAUUUAUCUCUUGCCCCUCGACGAACCCAUUGUGGCCGAGAAUGCCACCGUUAUAUGGAGUGCCUGGCGGAUGGAGCCAUCGGUAUCCUCGUUGGUCAUUGCCAUGACGAUCAUCGGUCUCGACACCAUCGUAGUCCUGAUUGUCUUCGGCACCCGGCGCGGUAGAUUCAAAGGACCUCGAAUUCCCCGAUCCAUCGGCUCAAUCAUCCCAUGGAUCGCCAACAGCCACAUGAUCCACGACUUCGACGGCACCUACGGCUGGACGAAUGCGCAACGACAGACGCACCUCGAGCGCCUUAAAAAGCGAUACACGUUCCGCAUGUUCCUGCGCGAGGACAACGAGUGGCGGUACGCCGUUGACGAGGAGCCGCCCGUGGCCGCUACAAAGACGACGCCCCCUUCUGACACAACGACUGUAGCAGCGAAGCCGCCGGAGGAAAUCGAACUCAGCGUAAUAGAGAAUCGCGAGACGCCGCCGGGGGAAACGCCGCCUGAGGUUCGGGUUGAGGGUCAGAUUGCGCGGCCGGAGACCCCGCCCCCGGAUUAUGAGGAGGAACCUCCACCUCCGGCUGUGGCUGUGGCUCCGGCUGUGGCUCUGGCUCUGGCUCCAGCGACGUCUGAAAGAAAUGAGCCUGAGACUCGUGAGCAGGACUCGCGAGCUACGUGA